AUGAAAGCCGGAGGCCGUAUCAUCAACAUCGGCAGCAUAAUUUCUCGCCUCGGUUCAUGGAUGUUGCCGGUCUAUUGUGCGUCCAAGGGAGCUCUGACCUCGAUGACGGUGGCAAUUUCAGAAGAGCUCGGCCCUAAGGGUAUCACAGCCAACAUGGUUUCGCCGGGGCCCAUCGCCACUGACUUGCCCAUGGAGGGGUCACCAAUUAGAACAAGAUUGAGGAACAAUCAGCACAUCAAGAGGGAGGGCUCACCGAAAGAAGUUGCUGAGACGGUCCUGUUCAUGGCGAGUCCAGGGGCAUCCUACAUCACUGGUCAGGUUAUACAUGUGGACGGGGGUAUUGCUUUCCCGUGA